UGCUUUGGGGUGGACAGCUGGUGGAUAGCGUCGCCGCGUCCAGCUCGGUGCCACGCCCCGGCCGGUGCUGCGGGAGCUCCAGCCAUGCUGUUCUGGCACACGCAGCCCGAACACUAUAACCAGCACAACUCUGGCAGCUACCUGCGAGAUGUGCUAGCUCUGCCCAUCUUCAAGCAGGAGGAGCCACAGCUAUCUCCUGAGAACGGGGCCCGCUUGCCGCCCCUGCAGUACGUGCUGUGUGCCGCCACCUCUCCAGCUGUGAAGCUGCACGAAGAGACCUUGACGUACCUCAAUCAAGGUCAGUCAUAUGAAAUCCGGCUGCUGGAGAACCGGAAGCUAGGAGACUUCCAAGAUCUGAACACGAAAUAUGUGAAGAGUAUCAUCCGGGUAGUUUUCCAUGACCGCCGGCUGCAGUACACGGAGUACCAGCAGUUGGAGGGUUGGCGGUGGAGCCGGCCUGGGGACCGUAUCCUGGACAUCGAUAUCCCACUGUCUGUCGGCAUCUUGGACCCCAGGGCCAGCCCAACCCAACUGAAUGCUGUGGAGUUUUUGUGGGAUCCCGCAAAGAGAGCAUCUGCGUUUAUUCAGGUGCACUGUAUCAGCACGGAAUUCACCCCCAGGAAGCACGGGGGUGAGAAGGGAGUGCCUUUUCGGGUGCAGAUUGACACGUUUAAGCAGAACGAGAAUGGGGAGUACACGGAGCAUCUGCACUCUGCCAGCUGCCAGAUCAAGGUGUUCAAGCCAAAGGGAGCUGACCGAAAACAGAAGACCGACCGGGAAAAGAUGGAGAAAAGAACAGCUCAGGAGAAGGAGAAGUACCAACCGUCCUAUGAAACCACCAUCCUCACUGAGUGCUCUCCAUGGCCUGAUGUAGCCUACCAGGUGAACAGUACUCCAUCCCCAAGCUACAAUGGCUCUCCCAACAGCUUUGGCCUCCGUGAAGGUAACAGCUCACCUACCCACCCAGUGGAGCCCUUACCGCUGGGCAGUGAUCACCUGCUCCCAUCAGCCUCCAUCCAAGAUGCGCAGCAGUGGCUGCACCGCAAUCGCUUCUCCCAGUUCUGCUGGCUCUUUGCCAGCUUCUCAGGUGCUGACCUCCUGAAGAUGUCCCGAGAUGAUCUGGUCCAGGUCUGUGGCCCUGCGGAUGGCAUUCGGCUCUUCAAUGCCAUCAAAGGCAGGAAUGUGAGGCCAAAGAUGACCAUCUAUGUCUGUCAGGAGCUGGAGCAGAACCAAGUACCCCUCCCACAGAAGCAGGAUGACAGAGGGGACAAUAGCUUGUGUGUGUACCACGCUAUCUUCCUGGAAGAGCUGACCACGCUGGAGCUGACCGAGAAGAUCGCCAGCCUGUACAGCAUCCCCCCACAGCACAUCCACCGCGUCUAUCGACAGGGUCCCUCUGGCAUCCAUGUGGUGGUGAGCAAUGAGAUGGUCCAGAAUUUCCAAGAUGAGUCUUGUUUUAUCCUCAGCACAUUAAAAGCAGAGAGCAAUGACGGCUACCACAUCAUCCUGAAGUGUGGACUCUGAGCAGCAGUGCCCUGCACCUGCCCCCUGCCCCAUGGAUCCCCUGGCUGUAGACAUUGCACCACUGUCAGCUGCCGUCUCGCCUGACAAGCUCCUACUAGGAAGGGCACUACCCAAUCCAGGAAAGCUGCAGACGACCAUGGACACGGAGUCUGGCCUACAGACAACCACUGGUUCCCUUGUCCUCUAUUCUUGGCUUUUAGCUUUUUAACAUUUUCAUGGUCUGCUUCCCAGGCAGAUAGUGGGGGGCAUACAUCUCCUAAGCCCUGACCCCUGUUGUUGGGGGUUCCCUCCUGACUACCUUCCUGCCUCACCCCGUUCCCGCACCUCCUUUGAACCACUGGCCUCAUGUCUAGCUCCGCCAGCCUCACAGGGAGACCUUGCGCAGCUCUCCUAUUCUAAUACUGACUUCCCUUCUUAGUGACCCUGGUGGCCACUCUUCUGUUCUUGGAUGAAUCAGUAGGACUGAGGCUAAUUUUAUGCCUUCCACCUCUUUCUCAGUCACUUUGUUUCUAAGGAUCUGAUACAGUCAAGCCCAGGGUCA